AUGAUUCCGCAAUUGGACUAAUUAUGUAAUGAAUAUAUUCAAUUAGAUAAAUUACUAAUCCUUAAAACACUAUAUUCAUUAUAAUUAAAGACAAUUAAUACAAGCCAAAAAUAACAAAAGGUAUAAUUGAAAAUUAUUAGAUAAAUGAAAUAUGAGUAUCUCAAUAUGUAUUUAAAAUAAAGACAACAAAAAACUAUAAUUGAUUAUCCAAACUUUAGACUAAGAAAAGUUUAUGAUGAUAAAAAUAUUAUAAUUAUAUCAUAAAAAUAUAGAAUAUGA